CGCCGUUUGCGGCCUUGGCUGUCAAACACUGGGUCCCAGCCGGUGAUUUCCCGCUGGCACCCGGCGAUCUCUGAAUAUUACCGAUGGGGGAGAGACCUGUAUGUAAACAAUACAGAUCUCUCCCCUGUCAGCUCCUGCACACUGCUUUGUAUGGCUCUGCAUCGCAGAGCCAGUAUAAAGCACACACAGCCCACAUAGUAAAAUAGCACACAGCACACAGUUACCCCUUUGAUCACCCCACAUGUUAACCCCUUCCUGCCCAGUGCCAUUAGUACAGUGUCAGUGCUUUUUAAUAGCACUGAUCCCUGUACUGGUGUCACUGGCGAUGUCAGUGACAUCAAGUCAGUUUUCCCCCAGUGUCAGAAUGCCCGCCGUAGUCCCGCUAUAAGUCGCUG